AACCGCAGCGCAACGGCUUCAGAUAACUCGUCACGUUUCUGUCACGCUUUCCUAUCGCGUAUAAUGUCGUCCAGACUUCCGGACCGAUCCAACUGGAAGCGAAGUCGCUCUCGAUCGCCGUCGUCGCGCCCACCGCACAAGUUCGCCCGCCGAGACGACGACUACAAUGGCUCCCGAAACAUCAAGGACCAAGUCCGGUUGAAUCAGCUCCAGGAAGCGGAACAGGCCCGACAAUGGGUAGCACAGGAGGAUGUCUUUGUUCUCAAGCAGGCGAAAAAGAAGGCGGAGAUUCGGGUUAAAGAGGGAAGGGCGAAGCCGAUCGACUGGCUUACCGUCACCUUGCGCGUUAUCGAUCCGACCCGAGAUCCCCACGACGAUGAGAUCGCGGACUCAGAUUUGGAUCUGGUAGACCCGGAUGGGGUAUUUGAGGGUCUUUCGCAGAGCGAGUUGCUGGACUUGGAGAAGGAUAUUGAGACGUUUUUGGGUCUGGAGACGAAUUCUCAGAACCGGGAUUUUUGGAGAACUAUGAAAGUGAUUUGUCGCGAUCGCCAAAAGUCCACUGCCCCCGAAGGCCGCGCCCUCAGCUCCGUCGCCGCAGACAUCAACAGGCUACUGAGCCCCAAGAGCUACGAACAACUGCAGAACCUCGAGGUACAAGUCCGCAAGAAGCUGGAUUCGAACGAGCCGAUUGAUACAGACUACUGGGAGGAGCUCUUGCGCAGCCUCACGGUGUGGAAGGCUCGCGCCAAAGUGAAGAAGGUAUUCCAGGCGGUCAUCGACGAGCGUGUGCGCGGGCUGCGCGAUCAGCAGCGUGAAGAAGCCGAAUCUGUUCGAGAUAGGCUUGCUCCCUUAGCUCCGGCAAUCGAAUCGACAUCCAAUGCGCCCGACGAACGUGACUUCCGUGGUUUGGAUCCCGACCCGUUGCUUCAGAUCCGGCCGGAGGAUAAGGGAUUGGAGAUAGUGGAUGAAGACGCUUUUCUCAGUCAAGUGGCCCGCGAUCGUCAAAAGGUUUUAAAGAUGGGUUACGUUCCCCUGCGCCAGCGACAGGUGGAGAAACCAUCAGCCAUGCCGGUGGCCCAGACAUCCAGCAUCUCGGUUUCUACGGCCCCCACGCGCUUUUCCGCCAUACCCAACGAGGAUUUCUCACAGGCCACCAAGGCCCUGUAUGAGCGCGAACUCGCCAAGGGCGUCAGUGAGAACGAGGAGAUCUUCACCGGCGAGGAGUCUGUCAGCACGGGCGCGCAGCCACUGUGGGCGAACAAAUACCGGCCUCGCAAGCCCCGGUACUUCAACCGGUGCCAAAUGGGCUACGAGUGGAAUAAAUACAACCAGACUCACUACGAUCACGAUCACCCACCUCCCAAGGUCGUCCAGGGCUACAAAUUCAACAUCUUCUACCCCGACCUCAUCGAUAAAACCAAAGCCCCGACCUAUCGCAUAGAGCGCGAACAUGGACGAAAGCGCGGGCAGUCUUUUGCGGCUGCUGGUGAGGAGGAUACCUGUCUCAUCCGGUUUAUGGCUGGACCCCCGUACGAGGACAUCGCAUUCCGGAUUGUCGAUAAAGAGUGGGACUAUAGUGCGAAACGAGAGCGAGGCUUCAAGAGUACCUUUGACAAGGGGAUUUUGCAACUACACUUCCAAUUUAAGCGGAUCUAUUACCGGAAGUAAAAGCGGUACAUACCAUGUGGAAUCAAACGACUCAGCAUCUUAUUUUUCAUGAGCUGGACCCAUCUGUAGCCCAUCGUCGCAUUUUUUUUUGUCCAUUUUCACUGUCCUUAACCCUACCCCGCUAAAUCCUGUCCUUCUCCACCCCAGUAUGGACCUACAGCGAGAUACAUCUCCGCAGCUCUGAUUGGGCUGGAGAUAGCAACCACCCUCACCAACAUUGGACCCCGAUUCAAUUACAGGCUAAGAUGUAUCAGACUGUCGGACAUUCAGUGCCAUGAUCUGGGGCCCGGCUUCUUUUUAUUAAUUAUUUCGGCACUUACGCCCCGCAGAUCAUGGCCGACACGUGCGCAGAGCCCCCUCGAGGUUUAAUUCUACUCCCAUCAAAUAUCACCUUGAUCCUCAACCCUGUCAUUCUUGCUCCUAAGAACAACCUCUUCGUCAUCACCUACACGAUAAACGUCACGUGCUCUAUCAAGAUAGGGCAAGUCGGCCACAGGCGUCACAUUGUCUUCACAGGGUCAGGGGGGCGGGAACGGGAAAGGGAAAGGGGGUAGACGUCACGAACCGAGCGGCUUUCUGGUGCCACAGCGGCACUUGCACAAUCCGGUGAAGCAUUCCGGCUGGUCGGGGAAGCGGGAGAAGGCUUCAG